AUGGACGAGAAUAAAAUAAUUGACCAGUUGUUGGGUAAAGAAGACGUGCCACAAAAUGACUCCGACCAAGCAAGAAAUGAAGAUGUGUCGUUAUAUGCAUUGUUAGAUGAGGUGGCGAAUGGUAGGCGGUUAAUGAGCUGUUUGUUCCAUUCAUCUAUGCAGGUGGGUACUAAGCUAAGUACUACCAAACUUGAUGUGAAAUGUCGACAAAUACAAAGAGACUGGACCGAUGAGGAGAAAACCAUAACCAUGAAUUCUGGCGUUUUACAGUUGGAUGGGCCAGUUUUAUUUUCCUGGAGUCAUAAUGCAGCGCCUAUUUCUAGACAAAAAUCUGUCAAUACAACUCUGCAGCCGGUCUCCACCCGCAGAGAAAAUAAUAAGCCCAAGAUUACCACUACCAGUCAAUUGUUUGAUAGGGCUUCUGCAGAGAUUGAUAGGUGCAUAAAGCCCAAUGGCAAAAGUUGGGAAGUUAAAGAAAGACUAGAAAAAAAUGAGCCAAAUGAAACUGAUACCAAUAAACUUUCUUCAUGGGCUAACUCUGAUUUCAAAGUAGACCCUCUUCAGAAAUUCGUCGCCAAGGAAUUGCCAAAAUCAAAAAAGAAAUCAGAUGGUGAUCAAGCAAAGAAGCACAAAUCGAAAAGGAAGAGUUUUUUUGGAUUUUGGGGCCACUCUGGUACUAAAUCAAGUUCAAAAAACAAGACCGAUAAGUCUACGGAAGUCCAGGACGAAAUUGACGAAGACACGGAGGGAAACCUCAGCCAGUCUCCGGACGAGAACAUAACCUUCAACGAUGGACAUACUACGCAAUCAAAGCAAGAGAGUACAAGUGACCAACAUGCGGAAUCCAGAGUAUGCGAAUCUUCAGCUACUGACACCGAACGCAGCGAUUAUGAUGGGAUUGACCAAGCCCCCGCACAUGUCAGUCAACAAAUUUCCAGUGAGCCCGGUAUUGCCAGCAUUCCCUCGUUAACACUCGGUUCAUUUGUCCCAUUACAACCAAAAAAGAAAACUUAA